AUGUCUGACGAAAGAAGACCAAGACAACAACAAUACAGAAGAAGAAAUAACAAUUCCAAUGCACCAAAACAGGAAGGUCCAAAAAGAGAAGCUAUUUUGGAUUUGAAUAAAUAUAAAGAUCAAAAAAUAAGGGUGAAAUUCAUUGGAGGAAGAGAAAUAGUAGGAAUUUUGAAAGGAUUCGACCAAUUGAUGAAUUUGGUGUUAGAAAACGUAACGGAAACACUUAGAGACCCUGAAGAUGAUGAAAUAUUAACAGACAAAACCAGAGACUUUGGAUUGGUUGUUGUUCGAUGCACAAGUUUAUUGACUAUAUCACCGGUGGAUGGUAGUGAGAUCAUUGACAAUCCAUUUAUUCAACCAGAACAAUAG